GGGUCCCCUGACAGCACGCUUUAGGUGGCCCGGCCUUCGUCUCUCUCCCCACGUCAACGACGACCACAAGCAAAAAGCUUCCGCCUUCGCUAAGACGCCACUAACGCUUGCUGUCGUAUUAAACCGGCCCUCUCUGCCUCUCUCAACUUUCAACUCUACACUCUUUGCUCGCUCUCCAUAACCCUAUUCACAAUGGCUGAUUCUCUUACCGAAGAGCAGGUCUCUGAGUUCAAGGAGGCCUUCUCUCUCUUUGACAAGGACGGCGAUGGCCAGAUCACCACCAAGGAGCUGGGCACUGUCAUGCGCUCUUUGGGACAGAACCCCUCCGAGUCAGAGCUGCAGGACAUGAUCAACGAGGUCGAUGCCGACAACAACGGAUCCAUCGAUUUCCCUGAGUUCCUUACCAUGAUGGCACGAAAAAUGAAGGACACUGAUUCCGAGGAGGAGAUCCGAGAGGCUUUCAAGGUCUUUGACCGUGAUAACAACGGCUUCAUCUCAGCUGCUGAGCUGCGCCAUGUCAUGACAUCUAUUGGCGAGAAGCUCACCGACGACGAGGUCGAUGAGAUGAUUCGCGAGGCUGAUCAGGAUGGUGAUGGCCGAAUUGAUUACAACGAGUUUGUUCAGCUCAUGAUGCAAAAAUAAGGGACUGUGUUUGGAGUUAUUUGCGACUAAGCCAACUGUUGAGCCUUGUUAGAGGCCAUGGAUAUGGUUAAUUCUUAUGGCGAGACCCAGUUGUUAGCACGCACACAACCUGUUUUUUCUUUAAGAAAAUCAACGAGUUGAUUUUAUUCCCUAUACUGUCAAAUCUACAAGCGAUUCUCGAAAUUGCUGGCCUGUCGAAAGAGUCGUGAUGUUCAAUUCUGGUAGCAGUCUAGGUAGAUACCCUGGGCCUUUCUAUGGAUACCAUCAAGUUAUAAACCAGCGGCUUGCCGCGUACGCGC